UAUCGGCUGGCGUGGGAGCCGGCUCCACCCCGGCAGCGCCGUCACGUGAACCACAAGCCGUCGCAGCCGGGGAGCGAGCAGGAGGUGGCUGCCGAGCGAGCGAGUGAGCGGGCGGACCGACGGACGGACGGACGGGCGAGCGAGCGGCGAUGCGUUGGGCCGUGUUGUGCAGCGUCGCGCUGCUCUGGAGCGUCAGUCUGUGUGCAGAUAAAUGCUCAGAGUUUAAGAGCUGCGCUGAUUGUAAUGUCAACGGUACAAAAGCCAUCAUGACCUGCUUUUGGCAAGUUUGUCAAGGUGAUGGUGGCAAGUGUGUAUCAAAUGUAUCGUCAAAUUGCUCAACAUUGAAUGAAACCAUGUGUACAGGCCUUGCAAACACAACUGUGGCUCCAAAUGAAACUUGUACUACAGCCCAUACAACCGCAACUGCAGAUCCAGUUACUUCACCUUCCAAUUCUACAAAUUCUACUUCAGGGAGUACUUUGACACCUACCACCACGGGUCUUACUACUACACCAGGUACAACCAAUGGAACAACUGUCGCACCACCUAUGCCACAUAGGAGUUCUACAUUUGAUGCUGCAAGUUUUAUUGGGGGGAUAGUGCUUGUGCUUGGACUACAAGCUGUAAUCUUUUUUGCUGUCAAGUUCUGCAAAAGCAAGGAUAGGAAUUACCACACACUUUAAGCAUGUUGCUGUGGGACUACAGUGUCUUGGCUAUUGCUUACAUUGGUCUGCUGUGUAAAGAUAAUUUUUGGGAAGUAACACGCCACUCUUCAGAAUUAGCCAUAUCUUAAUGGGUGUACAAUGUUUAACUUUGAUUUGAUUUUAACUUGCUGUUUGUUGAACAGGGAUGUGACCUACACUUUUUGAUUAUUAUUGGGCACAUGGAUUUAUUUGGGGGGAGGGAAAGUAGCCAUGCCUUAAAUAAAUGUGGCCUUAAUCCUAUUAAAUAUUUGUGCUAUAAAAAUGGGCCUCCUUGAAUUCAAAUUAUUCUACAAUCAUUUUGUUUAGAUUUUUUGAGUGUUACGAGAUUGAUUUGUGAUCUAGAGCUGCCAACUGGGAUAACUGCUGGGAUAAAUGGCUGCAAAUACUUUCAUUUGGUAGAGUUACUUGGUGAUUUAUUUUUGCCUUGUGUACAUCAGAUACAAUUUAAUGGCUUCCUUGUAAAUAUGGAAGCUCCAGUACAAUUUUUUAAUUGUGGAUUGUUUGCACUAAAUCCAGGCUUUGACCACUUUAGUUUCUGUCCUUUGAGUAAAUGCACUCCACUUUUGAUAGAUCAUUGUUGUAUGCCGCGCAUGAAUGGAUUGCCAAUGUGAACCUAUCUUGUUCACUUAAUGUGAAGUUCACCAUAUCACCAUAUUUCAUGUAGCUUCAGUGACUCUAUUGCAGUUGGUCCUUGAAAUACCAUGGUACCUCCGAUAACCUCUGCUUUAUGAAAAGCAUCUGCCUUCUGUUUGUUUUGUAUAAAGUGGAUGCAAAAGAGGAUUUUUUUUUUGGUCUAGACGGUUAUCGCUAAAGUUGGUAGCUCUUGGAAUACUUAAUGUGAAGAAUUUAGUAACAUAGUUUCAAAUUGUUUUGUUAACAUGAAGGUUAGAAGACAAUCAUUUGGAUUAAAUUAUAAAAUCUUAACUUGUUAUAGUAUUGCUGUUAAUCCUGGGGUUAGUCAUGUUUCACCAAAAUUAUUUUAAAUUAUUUGGUCAUUUGUGUUAUCGCUUUCAGGUUGGAGCUUAAGCUCUUAAAAGAUCGAAUCAACUUGUACUAAACAGGAAAGUUAGUGCACUUGGAGGGGCAGGAGAAAAAAUUGAUAUGAACAUGCUCAGACUUAGAGAUUUGUAUAUCUGGUAACCAGUGUGAAAUUUUCUCUUGAAUGGUGGAGAAGUUCUCCGGCCUAACUGAAGCCUCUUCUUUCCUCUCAGACAUUGCAAGCAAAAAUCUGCAGCUUUUCCUAAAUUUGCAAAGCAGCAUUAAAAGCUGUGAGGAAAAGUAUGCUCUUCAAGUAAGGUACAUUAUGACUAAUUGUUCCUGGAAUCAAAAAUUAGCUAAGUUCUGAAAAUUACACCAAGCUCUGAAUCACCAUCCCACCCUCUCUAGUAAAAUAAAAGUAAACUACGUGUGAAAUUGCAUCUUUUUUAAAGUGAAGGUGCAGGUCAUCUGGCUAACCCAGAGUAGUGCCUGAAUGCUCUAAACUUCUUGUGAAAUGUUUAAAAGUCUAAUCUGAUCUUACAACGUCCAAGCUAAUGCCCCUUAAUUGUUCUAACUUGAAUAUGUGUGUACCCUCACUGCACUUAAGUGUUUUUUUGCGUUAUUUCAAACCAAAGGGACUGUUGUUGUGUAGCCUGGUACACCUUUUACAACUCCAUUGCAUUCAGUUGAGUGAAGCCUAUGAGUAUACCAAAAGUCCGAAAUUGCCUUUGGCUUUUGGUGGUCUUUUCAUCCACGUUGCUUUUGCACCUGCUUAAAUGUAUUGCACUGAAAUGUUCACUGUACAGUACCUUGUAGAUGUAUCUAUCUGCAGAUUAUAUUCUUGUCAUCCAGAUACAGGUGCUCAGUUUGCACUAUAUCUAGGCUUGAGAAUUGAAUUUGGGUUAAAGUGCCUUAAAGGAUAACUUGUAAGCCAUUAACUUUAAGUGUGGCCAAAAUGGAAUUUGAGGAUUGGGGGUGGGUGGGUGGUGAAUAAGAAAAAUGUAAAUUUUGUAAAAUGUUUUGGAAGAGCUUUGUUCAGACCUCUAUGCUGUUCACUUGCCAAAGUGUGAUGUAAUGUGUAGAACCUGAAGCAUUUUGGGGUGCCUGCUUUACCUGUGAUAUCGUGGGGUGUAUAAACAUUUCCUAAUAUCUCAAAGGACAGAAUGGCUAACCAUACCAACCAAUAAAUUUCAGUUUUAAUUAUU